AUGGUCAGCCAGGCAGCCAUGCGGGCCCAGCGUGUGGUGGAGAGCGAGUGCAGGUGCUGGAACCCGGCCUUCUGGCUCCUGUUGUCCCUGCUGGGGUCCCUCGUCUUGGUGGCCGUCAGUGUCCUGCUGCGACUCGGAGACUUGAAAAUAAACAGACGGGCUGUAUACACCAAUGAUGUGCAAAUGCCCGUGAGGACGCAGUACCAAGUACAACUGGUGAAUGGACGUAGUCGGUGCGAGGGUAGAGUGGAGGUGUUCUACAAUGACUCAUGGGGCACGGUGUGCGACGACGACUGGGACAUGGUGGACGCCAACGUGGUGUGCCGGCAGCUGAGCUGCGGCAUGGCGGCGGCAGUGGGCAGCAGCUCUCAGUUCGGACAAGGCUCGGGGCUCGUGCUGCUGGAUAACGUGGACUGCAGAGGGAGUGAAGCAGACCUGAGCCAGUGCGGUAGUCUUGGCUGGGGCGUCCACAACUGUUACCACUACGAGGACGUGGGGGUUACCUGCAGAGAAAUACCCGUGGUGGGGGAAAAAGCUUUUGAGGAUCGCACCGCACUGCCAGAGGGGGACUUCGGUUUUCGUGAUGGCACCAUCCGUCUGGUGAAUGGGCCGGAUGUCUGCCAGGGCCGGGUAGAGAUCUACUACCAGGGAGACUGGGGGACAGUGUGUGAUGACGACUGGGCCCUCAACAAUGCCUGGGUGGUGUGCCAACAGAUCGACUGCGGCAGUGCCGUCUAUGCACACAGCAACUCCUACUUUGGCUACGGAACCGGACGAAUUCUCCUGGACAAUGUCAACUGCCAAGGCAACGAGCCGGAGCUGUCUACAUGCAAAAGCCUGGACUGGGGCAACCACAACUGUGGCCACCAUGAGGACGCUGGGGUCACCUGCACCGGAUCCACCAUUAUACCUCCUUUGGCAACAGAUAACCAGAGAGGGCUCUGGGUGACAUAUAAUACUCAAGCAACAGAAACUAUUCCAGUCACCACAAGACCAACUACAACACCUCCACCUACCACAAUUGCCCCGACAAAAGGCAGACCAGCCAUUCGGGUGAUGAACGGUAACAGUAGCUGCCAGGGUCGUGUGGAGGUCCGCUACAAAAAUAUUUGGGGGACGGUGUGUGACGAUAACUGGGACCUCCUCAACGCCAACGUGGUGUGCCGACAACUGGGCUGUGGCCAACCUAUCAUGGUUAAGAAGCAGGCCUACUUCGGCUACGGUUCGGGUCCGAUCCUGCUGGACAACGUGGAGUGUAUCGGCUUUGAACCGCAGCUGUCCGAAUGCGCCAACCUGGGCUGGGGUCAGCACAACUGUGGCCACCAUGAGGAUGCCGGAGUUAUCUGUGCACCUUUUGAAUUCUUGAAUGUAAAUGGACGUGACUUUCAAGUAACAAAGAGCAUACCUGACGCUAGCACCACGCAACCCUCUGAUGGAAUGAUGAGACUGGUGGGUGGCCAGCACAGAUGUGAGGGUCGGGUGGAGAUGUACUCAAACUCUGGCUGGGGCACGGUGUGCGAUGAUGCUUGGGACCUCCCCGACGCUCUUGUUGUGUGUCGCCAGCUGGGCUGUGGAGAGGCAUCAGCGGCUCGGGGAGAGGCGUUCUUCGGGCCCGGCUCAGGGACAAUCCUGCUGGACAAUCUCAAGUGCAGUGGUGCGGAGGCCUCCCUGCAGGAGUGCUCCCAUAUAUCCUGGAAUGUGCACAACUGUGACCACUCUGAAGAUGCUAGCGUCACCUGCUCACUGUCGUGAUUUCAGCCGAACCACUCGCCCAUCUCCACCAUGGGCAGGAGGUGCGCGUGCCAACCUGGGACUUGUAUAUUAUUUUGUAAAUAACAGCUUCCACAUUGCU